AAAGGAAGAGGAGGGCAGGUGACUGAGUGAGGGGUUUGCUGAAGUGUCUGCGGCCCCUCUUUGAAGUGCAUUUACGCACGGACGGCUCCUAUUUGUCUACAGGCGCAGAGCGGAGGGGCGAUUGCUGUCGUCUUGGUUUUGUUUUUUUUUGUUUUUUUUUGCCUGACAAAUCUGUCAAUCAAAGGGCCAAGCGGCAUAUAAAUAUCAUCAGUGAGAAAGUCAGGGGCACAACUUCUCUCCUCUUUUGGCCCCUCGCACCUGGGACAGGACGGGGUGUGCAUGCAGCCAUGGGACACUGGACGUUACGCACAGUGAUGGUUCUUUACCUGGCUUGGAAUUUGCAGCCUUCAUCAGCUUGGACGGUGAAUAAUUUCCUCAUGACCGGACCAAAGGCUUUUCUGACGUACGCCGGCAGUGUGCAAGUGGGUGCGCAAAGUGGAAUACAGGAGUGCAAACAUCAGUUUGCGUGGGACAGAUGGAACUGUCCGGAGAGUACACUUCAACUGUCCACGCACAACGGCCUGCGAAGUGCCACUAGAGAGACAUCUUUUGUCCACGCCAUCAGUGCUGCAGGAGUGAUGUACACUCUGACCAAGAACUGCAGCAUGGGAGACUUCGACAACUGUGGAUGUGACGACUCCAGGAUCGGACAGACAGGUGGCAGAGGGUGGAUUUGGGGAGGCUGCAGUGACAAUGUGGCGUUUGGAGAGAAGAUCUCCAAACAGUUUGUGGACGCACUGGAGAAUGGUCACGACUCCCGUGCAGCGGUCAACCUGCACAACAACGAGGCCGGCAGACUGGGAGUCAAGGCAACCAUGAGGAGAGCAUGCAAGUGUCACGGCGUGUCCGGGAGCUGCAGCAUCCAAACAUGCUGGAUGCAGCUGGCCGACUUCCGGGAGGUGGGCCACUACCUGAAAAUGAAGCACGCUCAAGCCAAGAAGCUGGAGGCGGACAAGAGGCCGGUGAGGGCCGGCAACAGCGCGGUUAACCGAGGGGGCAUCGCGCACGCCUUCCGCAACAUCCAGCGCACGGAGCUCAUUUUCCUGGAGGACUCCCCGGACUAUUGCGUCAGGAACCAGAGCUCGGGCUUCCCGGGCACGGAGGGACGCGAGUGCCUGAGGGGGGACAAGAGCGCGCCUCAGUGGGAGAGGAGGAGCUGCCGCCGGCUGUGCUACGGAUGCGGCCGGCGUGUGGCGCAGAGGCGCACGGAGGUGGUCAGCAGCUGCAACUGCGAGUUCCACUGGUGCUGCACGGUGCGAUGUGACAAAUGCACGCAGAUUGUGACGAAACAUUACUGCGUGCGCAGACACGGUGCGGGGAGAGCACACGGGAACGAAACAAAACGAAAGCCUGGUCGGCACUGAGCAUCUUUAUUAAUGCACUUUGUUACAUAUUUGAUGGGGGGGGAAAAAACCCUGUUUAA